AAAGGUUACAUUUAUAGAAGUCACAUUUUUCUAAAGUUGUUAAAAAACACUAAAGCUACAGAUAAAACAAGAUGUCUCCUCACAGGUCGACAGGACAAGUACAUCGUCAGCAUAACAGGGACAAGUGCAACCUGUGUCAACUGUAAUAAACCAGUGAAACAUCCAGAAAAGGCAUACAGUUGUGAUGAACUCAGAAAUAAAGGUGUAUCAAUUAACGUAACACGAGGAGAAGAUCUGGACCCUGUUCAAGCUAGUAACGUCAUGAAGAAAAUGGGACAACUGGCCACCUCUAUCAAUACAUCUUCAGCAGCAUUGAAUAUGGGAGAAGGAGUCACAGGGAUCAUAGUGAGAGAAACUGAUGAGGAAGAUGUGGACGAAGUCUCCUUUGCAUAUGAGUCUCCAAACAACGACAUAAAUAUCAUAGAAAACAGAGAUUCUCUGGCUCAGUUUUCCAGAUCUGUUACGGUGUCGAAAGAAGCGUUUGAACAAGCUAUCAAUUUGAAUGUCAGUGUACCUUUUGCUGCUAUGAUCAGAUUCAACAAUCUGGCUAAGGAUGAGUUGAACAGCACCAUUUUAGGUAAUGAGGUUUUAGCAGUCGACAUGGGAGCAAAUAUCUGCAAUCUCACAGACAAAAUAUCCAUCCAUUUUUGGAAUGCGACAUAUGAAGGAAAUGCAAGUUGUCGGUCAUGGAACGGUGAAGGAAGCCGACCAAACUGGACCGCCGAUGGAUGUUUAACUAUACAAAAUGGAGAAAACAUCACAUGCGAGUGUUCCCACUUGACAUUCUUUGCUAUAUUAUUGACUCCUCUUAAUGAAACCAUUUCUAGCUCUGACCUGAAUAAUCUCACCAUCAUCACACAAGUUGGCUGUGGCUUGUCAAUAUUCUUCAUCAGCAUAAUCCUGUUCAUGCACUUCCUUCUCAGGUAAUGAUCAUAUAACUUGCCUCUGUACGUAUUAAGUUGUUUUAAACAAUCUUCCAAACACAAUUAUAGCAAGAUAGAAUGAAAAAUGACAAGAACAUGAUCUUUUUGAAAUAAAGGUUUGUUCAAAAGCCUUCACCCAAAUGAGUAGGAAGGAGAUGUGACCUUUUUUAAAUCUUUUUGAAAAAAUAC